ACGUCCGAAAAGGCUGCAGUAGAGAAAGAACGAGGUGAGGCGGCUGCUGGUGAUGAGCUUUGUGAUUCGGAGGUAUACAAAGUCGACAUACCAGCGAACAGAUAUGACUUGUUAUGCGUAGAAGGGCUGACUAGAGCCUUGCGAGUUUUCAAAAACGAAGACAAAUGGAAUGGUUUUGUUUUUAUUAGCACCCUUGUUAGAGUUAGAACUAACCCAUUAGUGUUGCUUAUUUUCUUCAAUUUCAAGACAGCUGCAGUGCGUCCUUUCGUGGUCGGCGCUAUUCUUCGUAAUGUUUCGUUCGACGCAGAUAACUACGCUUCCUUCAUUGACUUACAGGAUAAACUUCAUCAGAAUAUUUGCCGCAAACGAACCCUGGUGGCUAUCGGCACUCACGAUUUGGACACUAUUUCUGGUCCCUUCAAAUACACUGCUGACCUUCCAAAUGACAUCAAGUUUAUCCCACUCAAUCAAACUAAGGAGUUCACGGCCGUCGAGUUGAUGGAGUUUUACUCGACUGAUAGUCACCUAAAGCCUUAUCUGCCGAUAAUUCGUGAUAAGGAGCGAUACCCGGUCAUUUAUGAUGCGAAUGGUAUAGUGUGUUCGAUGCCUCCCAUAAUAAACGGAGAUCAUUCAAAAAUUACUCUUCAAACGAAAAACAUUUUCAUAGAAGCCACUGCGACGGAUUUGCAGAAGGCAACUGUUGUUCUUGACACUGUCGUCACUAUGUUCAGUCAGUACUGUAAAGAACCAUUCACAGUAGAGCCAGUGGAAGUGGUGUACGAGGAGAGUGGUCGAAAGGAAGAAUACCCCGUGCUUGCCUGUCGGGAAAUUAUGGUGCGCGUUUCCGAAAUCAAUACAAAGAUAGGAUUCCAACUGGACGCUCAAAUAAUGGCUGAUUUGCUCAUUAAAAUGUCGCUGAAAGCUAAAGUCUUGACUGAAAACACGUUAAAGGUGACCAUUCCUCCAACCAGGCACGACAUUCUUCACGAAUGCGAUAUUGCAGAGGAUGUUGGUGUGGCCUAUGGUUUCAACAACUUGGUUCGUCGGCUUCCUGAGUCGAACACUGUGGCCGAGGUAUUCCCUUUGAACAAGUUGUCGGACCUUCUUCGAGGAGAAAUAGCGGCUGCCGGUUGGACGGAAGCCCUCAACUUUGCUCUGUGCUCUAGAGAGGAUAUUGCAUCACGUUUACGGGACAACAAAGCACUUGAGAAUGCUGUGCACAUCUCCAACCCGAAAACGCAAGAAUUCCAGGUUGCACGGACGUCCCUACUACCAGGUCUCAUGAAAACCCUUUCCUCAAAUCGUGACAUGCCGCUCCCUCUGAAGCUUUUCGAGCUACAGGAUGUAAUCAUGAAGGACCCCUCUUCAGAUGUUGGAGCUCGAAAUGAACGUCGAUUAGCGGCUGUCUACUACAAUAAGACUGCAGGAUUUGAAAUAGUUCAUGGGUUCCUUGAUCGAGUGAUGCGGUUGUUGGAUUUGAACCCCUCAAAAGAAAAUGGAUACUAUAUUAGAGCAUGUGAUAACCCUACUUUCUUUCCUGGACGCUGCGCUUCUAUAAUUGCCCCAGGAAAUGUAACUUUGGGAGUUUUAGGUGUUUUGCAUCCAGAAGCAUUUUCGAUGUUAUCCGACUGCUUACUUAUCAUCGCAAUCGCCUUCUGCACUGCCUUGGCGGGAGAGGGUCUUACUUACGUUUUGGUCUACCGGUCAGAGCAGUAUAAGCGAUUGAAAUCGGAAAUGGAACGGAAAACCAAAAGGCUAGAAAAGAAGAAACAGGAAGUUGGAGAGGUCGUAGAUAAAAACGCCAAAAAACGUCUCGAACGAGAUGAAGAGAGGUUAAAGGCGACAAAUCGGGAUAUGUCAAUGUUCAAAAUGAAAUCGAUGUUUGCAAUUGGUUUAGCAUUUACUGCUUUGUUGUCUACAUUCAACUCAAUCUUUGAUGGACGAGUUGUUGCUCGUUUACCGUUCGUGCCGAUCGGUUUUCUUCAGGGUUUAUCGCAUAGAAAUCUAGUUGGUGAUGACAUGCGUGAUUGCUCAUUUAUCUUCCUCUACAUCUUAUGUACAAUGACUAUCCGACAAAAUCUCCAAAAAGCUCUUGGUUUCGCACCAUCUCGUGCGAUGAACCGUCAACAAGGUUCAGCCUGGGCACCAUCGCAACAACAACAAUUUAACUAUUUCCGUUAG